UAAUUAUGGUUACAUUACAAAGGGAUCGAUAUAAAAGAGAUUGUGAAAAUAAGGAUAAACAAAUUCUAGAGUAUCACGAAGCUCUGGCGGAAAAGGAAACAGAAUCAAUGUAUCAAUCUUCAGUAAUCAAGGAGCUAGAGAAGCAAUUAGCAGCUUAUGCUGGUGAUGGUGAUAAUAAUCGUCCAUCAGAUCAAGGCACUAAAGUCAGAGAGCUUGAGGAUAAAGUUACCAGACUUGAUGAUCAUAUUGCUAAAGUAGAAGAUGACAAAAGGAUACUAAAGAAAGCCCAAGAAACUCUUCAAAAUGAUUUGAGGGUAGCUGAAGUGCAAUUACAAGAUAAAGAUAAAACUAUUCAAAAUUUGACAGCAGACCUUGAAUAUUACAAAGCACUAAACAAAGAAUCAGAAAAAUUGAAAGAUUUAUUAAAGCACCUUGAAGAAGAAAUGAUUAACACAAAAAAAGCUAUUGACGAAUUAAGUGGUGAACUGAGUAAUAAAGUGGUAGAAAUUGAAGAUUUAAAUGACUUGUUGGAAGAAAAGGAGCAAGAGAUAAUGAGGUUAACAGAAGAAAAAACCACAACAGCUCCUUUGGCACCAGAAGAAAAGAAACAGAUCAUAAGGCAAUUAAAGGGACAAGUUGAUGAGCUUGUAAAAAAAACCAAAACACAAGAAAGACAAAUGAAAGAAUUAGUUGAGAAAAUACAAUUAAAGGAAGCAGAGUUGGCAAUUUACCAACAAGACUUUGAAUCUGAAAGGAAUGACAGGCAAAGAAUACAUGAUCAAUAUGAGGAACUGAAAACCAAAACUGAAGAAGCAAGAAAAUUAAAUAAAGAAGCAGUAGCCAACCUAGGGGAGGUAAUAAAGACUCAAGAUGAAGAGAUACGAGUUCUGAAAACACAGCUUAAUACUUACAGUCGUAAAAAUGAUCAGAAUCAAGAUGAAGAAAUUCAAGUAUUGACUGCUCAAGUCAAUGCUUACAGUCGGGAGGUGGACAAGCAAAAAGGUCUCUUAACUCAGAGUCAAGAGAAACACAAAACUGAAGUCAGUGAGUUAAAUGAGAGACUUGCUAAUGAAAUACAGUCCAAGCUAGAAUUGGCUAGUGAGCUGGCUAGGAUGAGACAACAGUUAGAUAAUAUAUCUAAGACCAAUGAUAAUGAGCUGGCUGGGUUGAGACAACAGUUAACUAAUAUAUCAGCUAAUUAUGAACAAUUACUGACAGCAUAUCAUGAGGAACGAGCAAAAAUUACUAGACUAGAGGAUCAAAAUGAAAAACUGAAGAAAGCUAAUCAA